AUGCCUUUGUAUGAGUUAUACCGUCUGGCUAGAGAGAAGCUUGGUAGAGAGAAUAACAGCACACGUGCAUCUGAUCAAUGUUCUUCGCCUGAGAAUGAUUUUUUUGAGCUAGUUUGGGAGAAUGGUCAGAUUUCAAGUCAGGGUCAGGCUAGUAGAGUUAGAACGAGCCCAUCUUGCAGGAGUUUGCCAUCUCACUGCUUACCAUCUCACAGUCCCAAGGGCAGAGAGAAAGAUGUUGGAUAUGGUGCCAACCGGAUGGGAAAAUCUAGGGAUUUAGACUCUGGAUUGAAUGAAAUUUCAAUGUCGGUGCCGUCCCGUGAAGUUGAUUUCUGUCAAGACGAAGAUGUGUUACCUUGGUUUGAUUACACAAUGGAUGGUUCUUUGCAACAUGACUAUGGUUCUGAUUUCCUACCUGCCUCAACUAGUUUUACUGUAUUGGAUAAAAAAAGUAAUGGCAAUAUGGCUUUGAGGGAUUCUCAUAAAACUUCUGUAGAACAAGGAAACGUUUUCAAGGCUUCUUCAGCUGAACAGGUUGAGACUGCCGGACCUAAAGCUAGCACCAGUCAGUUAUACCCUCCAUCAUUGCAUCAUUGUCAAGUAUCUUCUAGAUCCAGAGCAUCAGAUAUAACUGAAAAUAACAAUACUAGUAAUGCAAAUCAGGAUGCGUCUUAUGGCGAAAUUACUCGUUUUCUAUCUUCCUCAAGUGAUUUUUGUAGCUCAAAGGGGCAGACGCAAGAUCCACCUAUGCCUGGCAAUGGUUCCAGUUCCACCAUAAUGAAUUUCUCCCAUUUUGCAAGGCCUGCUGCUAUGGUAAGAGCUAAUCUUCAGAACAUUGGCUUGAAGUCUGGUUUGGCUUCAGCAAGAUCAGACAGUAUUGAAAUUAAGAAUAAAGGUGCAGCUGCAACUAGCAGCAUUCGUCCUGAAUCCAUUCUUGUUGAUUCAACUGGUGAAUGUUCGAAGGAACUGACCAUGCACUGUCAGCAGGUUGUGGACCAAUCCAAGACUGAUUUGAACUCUUUGCCGCAGAAAUCUGUUCAACAGAACGGUGUGCCUUCUAAGCAGUCAGAGCCUGCUUGUAAAGAGAGUUCCACCAAGAUUGAUCAAAUUCCCGAUCAAGUUCUUGGUGACAGUUGUGCUAAAGGGCAGACAACUACUGAAAAAAGCAUGGAGCCAGCAGUAGCCUCUUCCUCUGUUUGCUCUGGCAAUGGUGCAGACAGAGUUUCUGAUGAGCCAAAUCAAAAUUUGAAGCGAAAAAGAAAAGACACCGAUGAGUCUGAGUGCCAUAGUGAACAGACAUUUUACAUGAAGGAUGUUGAAGAAGAAUCAGCGGGUGUUAAAAAGGCACCUGGUGGGCGCGGAGGUGCAGGUUCCAAGAGAACCCGUGCAGCUGAAGUGCAUAAUCUAUCUGAAAGGAGGCGAAGAGACAGGAUUAACGAGAAGAUGCGUGCAUUACAAGAACUCAUACCAAAUUGCAAUAAGGUGGAUAAAGCGUCAAUGCUGGACGAGGCAAUUGAGUAUCUUAAAACACUUCAGCUCCAAGUUCAAAUUAUGUCAAUGGGAGCUGGUUUAUAUAUGCCACCAAUGAUGUUACCCGCAGGAAUGCAGCACAUGCAUGCACCACACAUGGCUCCAUUUUCACCUAUGGGUGUUGGCAUGCAUAUGGGAUAUGGUAUGGGUUAUGGGAUGGGAAUGCCUGACAUGAAUGGUGGACCCUCAAGAAUUCCUAUGAUUCAGGUGCCCCAAAUGCAAGGAAGUCAUAUUCCUGCUGCCCAUAUGUCCGCACCUACUGCUUUUCAUGGGAUGGUUAGAUCAAAUCUUCCAGGGUUUGGGCUUCCUGGACAAGGGCAUCCAAUGCCAAUGCCGCGAGCUCCUGCGUUUCCUUUCUCAGGAGGACCUAUCAUGAAUUCACCAGCUUUGGGACUACAUGCCUGUGGAUCAUCAGGACUUGUUGAAACCGUGGAUUCAGCUUCUGCAUCUGGCUUAAAGAAUCAAAUGCCAAAUGUUGACCCACAAGUUAAGCAAAACACUGGUGGCCCUGACUCAACAAGUCAGAUGCCUACACAGAGUGAAGCAGCUGUUGUUGGAUUUGAGCAAUCUGCUUUGGUUCCUAGUGGCGUUCGUACCUCUGAGGCUAAUGACAAAGUAGCUGUUAAUUCUGGUCCCAGCAGAUAA